AUGGUAGCAGAGACCAAACUCUACGAUGCCCUCUCCGUCUCCCCUACUGCCACCCAAGACGAAAUCAAGAAAGCGUACAGGAAAGCAGCCUUGAAGUGGCAUCCUGACAAGAACAAAGACAGCCCCAAUGCUUCUGAAAAGUUCAAAGAGGUAUCCCAGGCAUACGAGGUACUCUCCGACCCGGAAAAGAGGAAGGUCUAUGAUCAAUAUGGUCUAGAAUUCCUUUUGAGAGGAGGCCAGGCACCGCCGCCCGGUGCUGAAGGUGGCAUGCCUGGAGGAGGAUUCCCCGGGGGUAUGCCAGGCGGUUUCAGCUUCGGCGGAAUGCCAGGCGGCGCCGGCGGUGGUGGAGGAGCCAGGACCUUCCACUUCACCACCAAUGGAGGCGGUUCCGGCUUCAGCUUCUCCGAUCCCAAUGACAUAUUUUCCAAUUUUAGCCGCAGCGGUGGGUUAGGCGGAGAGGACGACGAUAUCUUCAACCUUUUAGGCGGUGCCUUUGGUGGCGGUGGACGAGCAAGCGGCGGGAGCAGAAGAAGUACGGGUGGCUUUGCUCAGAGACCACAACCGCGACCGCAAACCCCAGAAGUCUCCGUGGUCGAACGGCAGUUGCCUGUCAGUCUAGAGGACCUGUACAAGGGAACCCACAAGAAGAUGAAGAUCAAGAGAAAGACCUUCAAUUCCCAGGGACAACGAACAACAGAAGACAAGAUCUUGGAGAUGGACAUCAAGCCCGGUUUGAAAGCCGGCUCCAAGAUCAAGUUUUCGGGCGUAGGUGACCAGGAGGAAGGCGGUAGUCAAGACUUGCAUUUCAUUGUCGCCGAAAAACCUCACGCCACAUUGGUCCGUGAUGGCGAUAACCUGAAGACGAUGGUUGAAUUGGACCUGAAGGAGGCCUUGACGGGGUGGCAAAGGACGGUGACCACAAUCGACGGGAAACAACUGAAAGUUUCAGGUGCAGGACCGACGCAGCCUGGAUAUGAAGAGAGAUUCCCGGGCCUUGGAAUGCCCAACAGCAAAAAGCCGAGCGAGAGAGGCGAUUUUAUUGUGGAGGUGAAGGUCAAAUUCCCCAAGUCGUUAACACCAGCACAAAAGGCCAAGAUCAAGGAGGCUCUUUCAUGA